UUUCCCGGCCUGCACAUGCCGCGGCUUGGACAGAAGUGCGUUUGUCUGAACUUCUCCGCUGGCUCCAGCUGAACAUAAAGACGCGCGAUCCCGCCUCUCGUGUCUGCGCGCUGCCGGGCGGUCCCUUGCUCGGGGAAAUGACCAUACGGCCGGGUGCUGGCGGAACUCGGAUGUGGCCUGUUUGAGGCGCAGACGGAAAUCCUUUUCACCUGUUCGAUGCUCGGUUGUUAAGAACGAGAUCUUUCUCACCAUCACCUUCUCGACAACGCCCGCCGUCCCCAUGACCCGCCGGCGUUGACUCGAAUACCCGGCAAACACUGAAUUUCGACCGCGAGACGCGACCCGGGAGUUGGAAUCCGCCAAGGUCGGCUCGCCAUGGGCCAUUCGUCGAAAUUCGUGUUUCCCCUGCCGGGCCGGAAGCAGAAGCCAGCGUCGACAGCUCCCUUGCCGAUAUCAGGGCCGCUGCUGACCAAGGCGCAGAAGGUCCUUGGAGCCAGCGAGAUUCAGAUCGACUCGGUUGGCCCCCCUACCGACUCUCGCUGGGCGUGGGAGGCUCAAUCCAACUCCGGUAUCAGCGUCUCGGUCUCUGAGACAACAGCAGGCCGUACAAAUGAGGGCGUCGGCCCGAGCUCUGCGCAUGACGGAUGGGUUGGCUCCAAGAUGCAGCGGGAGAGGCAGUGGGAGGCUGAUUCGGACGUUAUACCACCUGCUCUUAACAGGCAACCGGAUAUUGCUGCAUCCAUGGUCUACGAUGUUGCCACAGAUGCUUCGAGCCUCCGUCGGCGCCAGUCCAGCUCGACUAUCACGUCAUACUACGACAAGUCGAAACUCCCCCUCUCAAUAUCACAGCAGACUUCCAACUCAGCCAUGGCAAAGGGACUCCCCUCCAAAGCCUACGCAUUACUCGACCCUGAUGGCGAGUUAGCACCCGAACCCAGGGGCAUGAAGAAAAAGAAGCCCUCUCGGCUCGAUCUGUCUUCGUUGCUGCAAAAGCACAGAUCCCCAAUGUUCCUCAGCCCUGAGCCGCCUAGAGAACACCUUCUCGGAUCCGACAUGUUGACGAAAUCACCCUCCAUUAUGUCUGUUUCAUCGGCCCAGAGUCCGCCACCAAUCCUGCAGCGUGUGGAUCGGAAAAUCAGGAAGAAAAAGACACGCGAAUCACUUGUUGAGCACCCGGUGCGACCUUCCUCGCCUCAUGGCGUCGCCGGCAGGUCCGAGAACGGCCAGCGGAAGCAGCCCACCAAGGCAGACGUUGACUUGCACAAUCUCUACGACCAUUAUGAGCAGAGAACGUUCGCCGAUGCCAUAAACCGGGAGCUGCACGAAAACGACGACUACCGUCUCGAGCGGCCGGCUCUGGACCAGCAGCUUCCAGGUUACCCUACACCGCCCGCCAGUCAUUCCGGGAAGACCUACCUGUCCCCUUUCCCCACCAACGGGGCUCGAGUGGGACACUCAGCUAAACAGUCAUUGACACCGGGAAAACUCACCGAGGCAACAUUGAAGGGGGCCGCAUGUGCAUCCAGUCCAGCCUCUUUGCCUGCUGACUGUGCCAGCGUCUCGAGUAGACAUACUAGGACGUCAAAGGCGUCGAAGCGGACGGACCGCAGCCUCACCGAUAUUGACUUGCUUCAGAAUAGCGUGCUGGCUCUAUCGUCUGACUCGGAAGAUGACUGCGAGCUCUCCUCCAAAGGCUCGCUUGUGGUCCCCCAGCUCAGCGACGAGCAAGCCAGCCCUACCAGCUCCCAUGUUACAUCACAGCGUGCGGAACGGCAAGACGGCAACAGGAGCAAGCCGGUAAAGCGUGCCAGCUUUGCAGAGAGUCCCCAGUUCUUUCCUGCCGAAGAUGCAGGAACAAAACCACCCAAGAUCAGCGCACGGUCAAGCUCGUUGAACUCCAAAUCAUCCUCGAAGCAGGUCCAAACUUUGACUCAGACGGCAUCACUGUUGUCAGUUGGGAGUUCGUCGACUGAGCGCUCAACCUCGCGUGUUUCUUCACAGAGCUUGAGCCCCCAGACAGGCGUUGCAGCGAAGAAGGGAUCGGGACCCAAACGAGGUGACAAGUCAACCAGGGCGACGGCAGUCGAGGCCGAGUUAAACUUCCCAGUACCACCACUGCACCGUUCUCAGCAACCGUUGUCGCGCGGGCCGGAGCAGUCACCGCCUGUUACGCCCAGCAGCUUGGAUCUGUACCUGCAAAGUCAUCGGUCCGCCGUGGGGCACGAGGUUGGAUCAAUCCACAGCGGCGCAAGCAUAGGAAGUGCGAUAUUGGCAGGCCGACGUGGGAGCACUGCCAGCAGCAUCAACGAUGGCAGCAGUGGGCGGUUUAUGGCGGUAACACGGCAGGAAGAAAUGCUGCUUGCUGCUCUCCGGAUGAAGCGCGCUAGGAUGCGCGAGGACAUCAUUGCCGAAUUCGAGGAGGAGAUAGAGAGGGAGGAGCACCAACUCAGUCGCGAAAUGACGAAUGACAGCAUUUCUACAAACGGCGGCAUGUCGCGGCAAUCUUCCAGGAGCACGAUGCGGCUAGAGACUGGGGCUCUGAGUGCUCGUCCGCGUCAGAAGGGGACGAGGGAAACUAGCAAUAAGGGGCACGAGGCCCUGGCAGCAGGCAAGACCGAGAUUGGUUCGGGCCUCGACCAUUUCCUCCGUUACGGUGACAGCGUGGACCUCGAAGCGGGUCCAAACAAGGGCGGCAUACCCGACGUAGCCCAUGUCCCAAAUUUGACGGGAGCGAGACAAAGAGCAUCCCUGACAGCGACGACGAGGUCGCACAGCAAGUCUCGACGAGGCGACCGGAACAUCCCUCGACGCGGGUCCGGAGAUGGCAGUCCUAAGGGGCAAAAGGGCCAUCCUCACCAAAUCUUGGAGGAUCCGGCCGAAGACGACGAAGCAGGGGUCCCGCGGCCGGACUCACCCAUCUCUCCGAUGGACUUUCCGGCACCGGCGUCGAUCACAAACAAGAAGCAAGUGAGGCUGAGCGCCGUGGGCUACUACAAGCCCAACAUUGAGGCGGGUUGGUGGGGUGAUUCUGGCUAAGGGAACCACACAAGUUGGAGAG